AUGAAAUCCAACCAAGAGCGGAGCAAUGAAUGCCUGCCACCUAAGAAGCGAGAAAUCCCUGCCACCAGCCUGCCUUCGGAGGUGAAGCCGAUCCUGCCAAACGAAAACCACCGUGCGGAUAACCUGGCAUGGCUCCCCAGCACACCCAGCGGCCAGGGCGGCCUAGGUGGCCGGCACCGCCCCGGGGGGACGUCGUCAUCGUCGUCAUCAUCAACGGUGGAGGUGGGUUUACAGCAGGGUUUGCACAAGUCGCUGUCUGCAGGGCUGAACUAUUCGCCACCGAGCGCACCCAGGUCCGUUCCAGCCUCCACCACUCUCCCCACGGUGUACUCACCCGCCCUCUCCCAGUCAGGGACCCCCGUUUCCCCCGUGCAGUACACACACUUGCAACACACCUUCCAGUUCGUCGGGCCCCAGUACAGCGGGUCGUACACCGGAUUCAUCCCCUCUCAGCUGAUUUCCCCGACAGCCAAUUCCGCGACCGGCGCCGUGGCGGCGGCCACGGCUGUUGCGACCACUCCAUCCCAGCGCUCCCAGCUGGAGGCUUAUUCCACUUUGCUGGCCAGCAUGAGCGGCUUAAGCCAGCAAGGACACAAAGUUGAGCCGCACCUGGUCAGGACGCCUGGGCUGAUCGCCGCAGGGUCUCCUCCACCCACCCAGCAGAACCAGUACGUCCACAUUUCCAGCUCUUCCCAGAGCGCCGUCAGAAAUGUCUCUCCUCCAACCAUCCCGGUCCCCCUGCACCCCCAUCAGACAGUGAUCCCGCACACCCUCACCCUCGGCCCUUCCUCCCAAGUGGUGGUGCAGUACACUGACUCGGGGGGCCACUUCGUCACCAGGGAUGCCCCCAAGAACAUUGGCCUGGCCAAACCAGUCAAUAAACCAGCGCCCCAUCAUUACGAGGCCAGGCACGUGGUGGUCCACUCGAACCCCGCCGAGUACGGCGCACGGGAUUCCUCAGGUGUCCGAGCCUCUGUCAUGGUGGUCCCCAACAGCAGCACGCCCACGGCAGACCUGGAGGUGCAGCAGGCCACCAACCGCGAGACCUCUCCCUCAGUCCUCAACGACAAGGCGAGCUUGCACUUAGGAAAGCCAGCCCACCGCUCCUACGCCCUGUCCCCG